CUUUAUUUUAAAGGCGAUAUAUUGCGUUUAGUUUUGGAUACGAUUCAAGGUACCGCCGGAGGGCUAAAGAGCUCUCAUUCAGCCCAUAGACAAUACUUUUGUUUAUUAGGAGAUUUUACAAUGUAGUUUCUGCAGACCGUUAGACUCGGAGGAUUAAGUAAAUUGGGCUCUGAAGACAUUUCCACAGAUUCGCAACGUUGUGGGAAAGAAAGUGGAGAAUAUGUGCAUUGUUUAAACAGGCAAUUACAAAAGAUAAUUCUUAGGGGAUUUUAGGAUUCGCUUGGAGUCCUGGCUUUCCCUCCUACGGUUUUCCAAGUUAUAACGAAUCUGCGCCAAAGGAUUUCAGCGCUCUUUGACAUCACAGCUCCCACGUGUUCGGUGCCAUCCUGCGGCCGCAGCGCCCGGUCUGUACUGACCCACUGCCCCCAGAUCCGACCCUGAGCGAAGUCCCUCAGCCGCGUACCCGAGUCUAACGCGAGAGCCUGUCAUUAAGUAAGAAAUCCGGGCCUCACUGGAGACAUUCAAACAAAGGCUGGACAGUUGCUUUUCCAGAGCAGAAAAGAAACUCAUGCAUCAGAAAAGGUAACUAAGAAGCAUAUUGAAAGAAUAUGGCUGCACAGAUACCAGAAUCUGAUCAGAUAAAACAGUUUAAGGAAUUCCUUGGAACCUACAAUAAACUUACAGAAACCUGCUUUUUGGACUGUGUUAAAGACUUCACAACAAGAGAGGUGAAACCAGAAGAGGUUACCUGUUCAGAACAUUGUUUACAGAAAUAUUUGAAAAUGACCCAAAGAAUAUCCAUGAGGUUUCAAGAGUAUCAUAUUCAGCAGAACGAAGCCCUGGCAGCCAAAGCAGGACUCCUUGGUCAACCACGGUAAACAAGUCCUGGAGCAGGGACUUCACUGAAAGAUCGCCAACAGCUGUUGACUGAAGUGAGGAUUCAUCUGGUAGAAUCCCCUGAGAGCAGGAGGAGCCAUGGUAAACCAUCUGUCGUGACUACUUGACAAAUGGAAACCACUGGAGAAACAAAAUCACCGUUCACCAGAAAUAAAACAGAAGGUCUUACUGUUCAGUGAAAAUGAUGUUGAGGCCUUAAGAUUCAGCUGCUUGAUCACCUUGAUUAUAAAAUAAACCACUGUUUCUUUA